GAGUGCAGCGCGGAAAAGAGUCGUCGGAGUCCCUUUGCCUGAUAUCCCCUCGUACGAAUAGCGGUCCCGUCCACUGCGUUGGCGUGAUUAUAGCCAUUGGGCGAACCCAAGAUGGUGGUCUUCAGUUGUGAUGCUUGUGGGGAAUCACUCCGGAAGAAAGACGUCCAGAAACACUAUCAAUUCAAUUGCCGUCGCUGCGAAAGCCUCACGUGUGUAGAUUGUAAGAAACAGUUCUGGGGCGAUGAAUAUAACGCUCACACGCAAUGCGUAACGGACGAAGACUUCAAAUACGGGCUCGUGGGCGAGCACAAGUGCGAUAAGGGACAAAAAAAACAGGACUUGUGGAUUUCGAACAUAGACGACCUGCUCGCGGACCGCGGCACUGAUAAACGAUUUACGCCCGUUUUCAUCGAAAUGCGGAAAUUCGAGAACGUCCCCCGUAAGAAGAAACCGUUUCUGAACUGGAGCAAGUGCACGAUGAAGCGAUUUCCUUACAAAGUUGUAGAGGAGGCUUUCGAUUUAUUGCUGGAGAGCCACGCGAAGAAAUUAAAGGCUCUUAACGACGCUCCUAAUGGAAACAAUUCGAAGGGUGGCAAGGAUUCUACCACGCCUCUGGCCGCUGAAAACGGUAAAUCAUCCGCGAGGGGCGAUGAAGAGACCAAUGUGACCUCGAAAGCGAAGAAGAAGCGCAUGGCUUCGGAGAAUGAAGAAGAUGUAGAUGAGCCGCGGCCAAAGAAGAAGAAGAAGAAACUCGAGAAGGAAACAUCUGAAGAGUUGCAACAAGACACGGUGAUCUCAGAAGGAGCCGUCGAGAAGAGAAAUAAGAAGUUCAAGCUUGAAAAAAGCGUCGCGAGAGUUCUCCUGGAGAAAAACGGCGCAAUCAAAAUGAAGAAACUCAUCAGAAAGGUGACAGCUCUGUACACAGAGUAUUGCGAAGAGAACGGGCAUUCGAAGGCUUGGGACGUCGAUGAAAUCUCGAGCAGAGUCGAGAAACUCCUCUCGAAGAACGAGUGUUUCCAGAGCACCGACGGAUGUGUACAGCUAACAGAGAGUGGCAUCGCCAAGUUCUCUGCAGGGAGAGUCGCGCCGAGCGCCUAG